AUGGAUGCUCGGAAGAGAGGACGCCCUGAAGCUGCCUCAUACAGCUCUAAUGGCGGAUUCAAGAGGUCUAAGCAAGAGAUGGAAUCAAAUUCAACUGGUUUAGGAAGCAAAUCGAAGCCAUGCACGAAAUUUUUCAGCACUUCUGGAUGUCCGUUUGGUGAUAACUGUCACUUCUUGCACUAUGUACCUGGUGGCUACAAUGCUGUAGCGCAGACGACAAAUCUCGGACCACAGAUUGCUCUAGCUUCCAGAAAUAUGCAAAACUCUGGUUCUGCUAGCAGAUUCUCAGGGAGAGGAGAUCCAAGAUCAGGAGGCCCUGUUUCAAGCUUUGGUGCUUCCGCUUCUGCCAAGAUCAGUGUGGAUGCUUCAUUAGCUGGUGCCGUGAUUGGAAAAGGUGGAGUCAAUUCCAAACAGAUAUGCCGUCAAACAGGGGUGAAGCUAUCGAUUCUAGAUCACGAAAGAGACCCUAACUUGAAGAACAUCGAGCUGGAAGGAACGUUUGAACAGAUCAAUGAAGCGAGUGGGAUGGUGAGAGAGCUUAUAGGGAGGCUUGGAUCAGCUGCAGCUGCUGCUGCUGGGAGGAGGCCUCAAGGUGUUGGUGGCUUUGAAGGGAAACCAUAUCCAGGGAGCAACUACAAGACGAAGCUCUGUGGUAAAUUUGCUGAAGGGAGCUGUUCAUAUGGAGAUAGAUGCCAUUUUGCGCAUGGUGAAGCCGAGCUUCGUAGGUCAGGAGGAAUCGCUUAG